AUGCCAUACCAAGCCCGAGCUAAGAAGGAGAAGCAGGAAGAGGAGUACCAGAAGUUUAUAGAUCAUAUGAAGGCUCUUCAAAUCAACAUACCCUUCAUUGAAGCCGUCGUCCAAAUGCCCAAAUAUGCUAAAUUCCUUAAGGAACUUCUCACUAAUCGAAGGAAGAUGGAAGAAGUGAAGAAGGUAGUCCUCAAUGAAAACUGCUCAGUUGCUAUGCUAAAUAAGCUACCAAAGAAGAAGGGUGACCCGGGGAGCUUAACUCUACCUUGCCAAUUUGGCAACUUGGCUAACAUUCAUGCCUUAGCCAAUUCGGGAGCAAGUGUGAACCUAAUUCCGUAUUUAUUCUUUAAGAAGCUGGAUCUCUCGGAACCAAGGCCAAUUCGCAUGGCAAUUGACUUAGCAAACAAGAUGGUCACGUUCCCAAGAGGCAUAUGCGAAGACUUAUUAGUCAAGGUGGACAAAUUCGUCUUUCCUGUGGAUUUUAUAAUUCUAGAUAUGGAGGCGGAUCCUCAAGUCCCGAUCAUCCUCGGAAGACCCUUCCUCAACAUUGCAAGUGCUAUAGUAGACAUGAGGGAUUCAAAGCUUACUUUGCAGGUGGGUGAUGAUUCUGUAACUUUUGGGGUUGAUCAAGCCAUGAAGUAUGCAAGGAACAGUGACGACACAACGUUCUUAAUUGACAUGCUAGACGAACUAUUAGAGGAGUGCGUAAGUGAAGAUUCCAGCAAGUCCACAGUCUUUGAUGAAGAAUUUGAUGCAGAAAGAGACUUAAUGGAGAUCGAAAGGCUGCUAGAAGAAGAUGAAUUUGAAGAAAUAGUCAAGCAAACUGACAGAUCUACUCGCCGUGUAGGGCCGAUCUACUCCCCGAGUUCAUCCUCAGAAAAAUCAGAAGUCAUGAAUGCAGCUACCAACUCGCCGAGUACCUUACCUGCACUCGGAAACUACAACAGUCAGAACCAAAAAUCUGAGCUCAAAAAGUUACCAGAACUUUUGGAGUAUGAUUUCCUUGAAGAUGGAAACCAAAAGCCAGUAAUCAUAGCCUCUGACCUGUCCAAAUCUAAAAAGGAAGAGCUCAUGCAAGUGUUGAAGAAGCAGAAGCGGGCCAUAGCAUGGAGCAUCACCGACAUCAAGGGAAUAAGCCCAUAUUAUUGA